AUGUAUGCUUGUAGCAAGCGAACGUCGCAGUCGGCCAGGCACGGCGAGGAUGCAGCGGCUGGUUCUCAGCUAUACGUAUCGUCAUAUGCUGUCCCGCAACCGGCGACUGCAGCCGGUGCUUCAAGAGCGGUACCACCGAUUAUUCGACUGCUCGACAACGAGGGAAAAUUGACUCACAUUGCUGUCGCCGAGAAUAACAGUUAUAAAUUAUAUCGCGUUAGUGAGGCAGGCGCAAAUGCAGCACAGAUGCAAGAAGCCGGUCAUGCGGUGUCCAGCAUCACAGACACUUCAAAGACUGCUGACUCAUCUGCGAAGAGUUCGUCGCCCGAAGGAAACCUGGCAACAACAGGUUUGGUGAAGACAGAAACCGUAACGCCGAGCUGUAGCGCUAAUUACAUCAUCGAGAAUGUGCCAGCCGAGCAAACUUUGGGAGCUUUGGUGGGUAUGCGGAAGUUCAUUAAUCCUCAGCGCUAUGGUGGAUCUACUACAUACACGAGAGCAGUUGAACUUGUAUGA